AAGUUAAACAAUAAAUAUGGCGGAAGAAGUUCUCUUUACAAGCCCAAGUCCUGGAUUUAAUACCGUAAACCAAGAGCCAGGAAAAUUAAAUUUAGCACUUUUAAGAGGAAAAGUUAAAAAUUACAUAGAAAAGCAUCAUUAUGAUUCUGCAAUGUUCUGGGCUGAUAAACUCGUUACACUUACAAAUGAGAAUGUGGAAGAUGUAUAUUGGUAUGCACAGACGUUAUAUUUGACAGGACAGUAUCACAGAGCUUCACAUUUACUGAGGAGUAGAAAACUUGAUCAGUCUUAUUCAGCAUGUAGAUAUUUAGCUGCUAAAUGUCAUUAUGAAUGUAAAGAUUACCAAGAAGCGUUGGAUAUAUUAGAUGGUGCCGAUAACGAAUGGGAAGAAUUAUACAAUGAUACGUCACAAGUUCAGUCCAAUCUCAACGAAAGUUACGAAGAUCUUGAUGCCAAUUUUCCUGUUAAAGAUAUGGAGAAUUCACUGUUGUUAUUACGAGGGAAAGUAUACGAGGCUAUGGAUAAUCGUAGUUUAGCUAUAGAAUGUUAUCAAGAAGCGUUAUUACACGAUGUUUAUUGUUACGAGGCGUUAGAUCUUCUAGUCAAUCAUCAUAUGUUAACAGCUGAAGAAGAAAUAGAAUUAAUGGAAAGUCUGCCGUUUACUGUUCAAUGUCCUGAAGAAGAAAUAGAAUUAGUCAAAUUUUUAUAUGAAGAUCGCUUAAAAAAAUAUAAUGGACCAGUGAAGACAGCUAUACCUACAAAUGUGACAGGUUUAGAUAAAAACCUAGAUACAGUGGUUAAUAAAGCUGAACGUCAUUAUUAUAACUGUAAUUUUAGUGAAUGUUAUAGACUCACUUUAGAAGUUUUAUCGCAGGAUCCAUAUAAUUUAAAAUGUUUACCUCUUCAUGUAGCAGUUUUAACAGAACUCAAAAAAAUUAAUGCUUUAUUUUAUUUAGCUCAUAAACUUGUAGAAUUUUAUCCCAACAGGCCAAUAUCAUGGUUUGCUGUUGGAUGUUAUUAUUUAUUAAAUGAAAUGAGUAAUCCAGCCCGUAUAUAUUUAAGUAAAGCUACAACAUUGGAUAAAGCGUACGGUCCAGCUUGGUUAGCAUACGGUCACAGUUUCGCGGCUAAAAGUGAACAUGAUCAGGCAAUGGCGGCUUAUUUUACUGCUUCACAAAUAAUGAGAGGAUGUCAUUUACCAGCGUUAUAUAUUGGUUUAGAAUAUGGUUUAACAAACAACGCUAAAUUAGCCGAGAAAUUCUUUAAUGAAGCUUUGAGUAUAGCACCUAACGAUCCGUUUGUAUUACAUGAGAUGGGUGUUAUAGCUUUUCAAAGUCAAAAUUAUUCCGAAGCUGAGAAAAGUUUCCUUGCUGCAUUAGAACUGGUGAAAAAAGUUGAUGAAAAAAUCAUUCCAGAUAAAUGGGAACCAUUGAUAUCAAACUUAGGACAUGUUAGUAGAAAACUGAAGAAAUAUGAUGUAGCCUUGGAUUAUCACAGAAAAGCUCAGUGUAUAAACCCUAAUAAUCCUUCUAUCUACUCAGAUAUUGGAUUUGUUUAUGCAUUAAAGGGAGAUAAUUAUAAAGCUGUUGACUAUUUUCAUAAGGCUCUUGGUAUUCGAAGAGAUGACGCUUUCUCGACAACAAUGUUAUCGAAUGUGAUGGAAGCUCUUAUGUUAGAAACAGUUCCGAAUCUAGGUGAUGAUGAUGAAGUUCCUGAGUUCCCUCCCCCUACUCCUAAAUUUAUUACACCUGCUCCAACAACAAAGCUGGAUGUAUUUAGUGAUACAAUGUCGCCAGUUCCACCUGCUGAUACAACCAGUCAAUCAACUGAUCUCAAUAACUCAGACAUGGCUAUAGAAGAAAUAGAGAUGGAUUCAAGUAAUUGAUCAUUAGUUAUCUCCCUUAUUGUAAACAGAGAGAAGAGGACUAAAUCUAUUUGUUAAGGCCAGCUCAAUUUUUGUCAAGGUCCCUGAGAUGUAAAUAAGGUUAGGGCACGUGAUUGUUGGCGAGAUUGUAUGUUACGGAUAGGAUAAGCAUUGGGGCUAGGUCAUGUUUACAUCUCGUGACCUAUGAUGAAAAAUUGAGUUGGCCUUAUCUUUUAGUACUAACCCAGAGAAGAGGUGAAAAGAAAGGCUGUUAUUCAACCGUUUCAUUCAUAAAAACAUUGUGGACUUUACAAAAUCUAUUGGACAAAUUUACAAUUGAGUGACAGGCCCCUGCUGUCUGUUACUGUUGUUAUAGUGUGGUACCAAUAGAAUGAAGACAUUAUGAAACAAGGUGAACACAUUAGCUGUGUAUUUUGGUAUAGAUAUCCUAUGCUUUUAUACCUUAUAUUAUCGUGAAUACUCCAUUAUCUUUGUAAGAUUGAGAGAAUUGAAUUCAGAACCGAGCAUAAUGUUUAAAGACUCUUCACAAUGAAAACUAUUUGUUUGAAAGGACGAGCGUUUAUAUUUAGUCGUAGACAAGUGACUAUGACUUGUAUGAGCUGUGUGGUGGAAUGUUGGACGUUAAAUUAUGUGAAAGUCAACGUAAAACAUGGUGUUCCAAGAAAACGUCUCUUUAACUAAAGAAAUAAACUAGGAAGUGUGUUAUUCUCGAUCAAUCUGAUUACAAUACAGAUCUAUAUUUCUUUUCGUUUUUUUAUACUUUCGAUGGCCUACACUACAUGAACAUCUGACAAGUUAUAGCGAUAGGUCACGUCAGGGGUCAAAAGACCGACUUUCGACCUAUGACGUCAGACAUUUGAUUAACCAAUCAGCCUUGAUGUUACUAGUGGAUUACCCACAGUUCCGGGCAAAAAAGGUCAAACACUCGAUUCGACAGACCAUUUGAUUGGCUGACCCCUCAUUUCAAGCAGAACACGAGUUAAAUAACAAGUCUUCCAUAUCCAAGUGUAGUAAAUACAAGUAAAACGAAAUUUUGAACUAUAAAAAAACUAAAACCAAGGAUCUGUGUUGUAACCAGAUUGAUUCAAUAUAAAAUCAUGACCAAUUCUUUAUGGAUACAAAAAUGAACAAUAAUUUUUUGCACAUUUGCUUCUUAUUGUUUAAUGUAAAAAUCUACAAACGAAUUAUUAAUAAUUCUGUAAAGAUUUUGAAAUGAGAAAUAAUAUUUUGUAGAGUAUUGAUUUGAUUAUGAUUGAUAUAAAUUGGUAUUUUGUUUGUCUGUAAAUGAAUUAUUUACCACUGUUCCAUUCUACUAAUCUUGAGAUUCAAGUCAGAAACAAAACUAAAAAAAAAAAAAAUGGAAUGGAAAAUAAAAUUGUGUCUCUCCUGCCCAGUCUGAUUAUAAUACAAAUCUACAUUUUGUUUCAUUCUUUGUGGCUGUACAAAGUUGAAUAAAAACAUGUGAUCAUUCGGACAAAUAGUACCUGGAGAUAAUUUGGCAAUUUGGGGUAAUCGCAAUCUGAUUAAAAUACACAUCUAUAUUUCGUUUCGUUUUUUUUAUUCUUUCAAUGGCCUCUACUACAUGUAUGUAGAUCUGACCGGUUGUAGUGGGAGCUCAUGAUUGGCUUUUGACCCUAUGAUGUCGGACAUUUGAUUAAAGAUACAUUAUGGGAGAUUUUUUAUAGAGAGUUGGCCAUUCUUGCUAUAACAGUUCAAAACUAGAUGAUGAAAGAAGAAUAUAUUGAAAAAUUCAGUCAAAUUACUUUAUUCUGAACAUAGUUAUCAUCAUUGUAAUAUUUGCCUAGAAAUGGUAGCGAAAUGUGUCUUCACCUUCGCCGAUCGUUUGAUUGUCAGGUGUUAACUCCACCUACAUAUCUCGAUUAUCAAGUUAAGUUUCCAAUGGCAUACGGAAACGCUUUACAGCGGCCUCGCUAAGUACACUCUAUCAUUUAGCCUCGAUCUAACUGACGUAUUUUCAUCAGGUUACCCCUUAUUUGAUUUAAUCAAUUAGUGAAAUCCUAUUUAAAUCCGAGCUGUAGUCGAGCCAUCCGUGGGUCAACAGAGUUGAUUUUGGUCUUGUUGUUUAAAUAAAGAUCUAAUUUAUAAUUUCUAUAACAUCUGAAGCCUAAAUUAAUACUUGCAAUAAUCAGAUUUAGCUCUUGCAUAAUGCACGUUUAAUCAAUCGACAUUGCCGUUUCUAGUGGGUUACCCACAGUUCCGUACACCUUACGUCAAAAACUCGCCAUAACAGACCAAUUCAUUGGCUAAUCUCUCACAUCAUCCAGAACGAGGGUUAUAUAACAACUCUUCCAGAUCCUAGUGUAGUAAAGACAAGGAAAACGAAAUUUUGAACUAUAAAAAUACGAAAACGAAAUAGGAUCUGUGUUUUAAUUAGAUUCUCUCUUACCAAGCACCCUUGUUUUGUUUCAUGUUUGUUAUUUGAAUAUUAUUUUUUUGUUUUGUUAUGAGAAAAAUCCUACACAUAUGUAAUAUAUAUGUAAAAUAGGUGCUGUGUACUUGAAUAAAUGUCAAUAAACCUUUUCAUCAU